CGAUGGCUCGGGAGAACGAGGCGAUGGCGGCGGAGAUUGCUCGAAUCAAGGCGCAGAUGGCGGUUUUCGAGUCUCUCAGGAACACGGAUCGCGGCGCGUACGAGGGGCCGGGCCGAUUGACGAGCACGGCGGUGGCGCCGUACAGGCGCCAAGGGUACGAGCGCAGGGCGGCGCUCGCGGAGGAACGAAGAAAAGAGGCGCUGAACGCGGCGGCGGCGAAAAAGGCGAAAGAGUCGCGUCAAUCUGACCGGGAGCUGGAGCGAACGAGGCGACGGGCGCCGUGGUCCUGCGCGGCGGACGCCGGGCCCGCGGCGCGCUACAUGGCCGCGGGGGGUGCCGACAGGGGUGCCGACAGGGGUGCCGACGGGGGUGCCGACGGGGGUGCCGACGACCCGAACCUACCCGCGGGCGCCGCGAAACUCGCGGAGAAGCUCGCCGGGUCCACGUGGAGCGGAUUUUACCGACGUCACGAGCGCGCCAUCGUCGAAGCGGUCGCGGGCUCGAAUCCCGCUCGGGGCGUCGGCGCGUCCGCCGCGACGCACGCCAAGGCGCGCGCCGCCGUUCUCGACGUGGGCGCCGCGGGCGGGACGCCGACGCACGUUUUCCGCGGACCCCCGCCGCCUCCGAGACCCGCCGCCGCCGUCGCCGGCGCCAUGUUCAAGACCGACGUGUCAUCCGACGUGGCAUCCGACGUGGCACCGACAUGGGAGCGCGAGGACGACGACGACGGGCGCGUCGGGCACCGCGAAGACGAGCCGCCCCCGCUGCCGCCCGAGCGCGAGGCGCAGAUCGCGCGCCUCCUGAACGACGCGGGGGGAAAAGAAAAAGAGCCCAGUCUGUCCAAGUUCGGCCCGAGGCACCCGGCGCGGGGGCGAAAAGUCGGCACCCUUCCCGUCCCCGUCCCGGCGCGCGACGAUCCCCGGACGCGCGCCCCGCUCGUCCCGGCGCUGGACCUCAACGUGAUCGACGGGCGCUCUUCGCGGGGCGGUACCUCUCCCGACGACGGGGGGGAUGCCGGUUUGGACCGAGAAACGUCAUCGCCGGGAAAUAUUACGCGCACGAGGAUACCGGUCGCGGACGUCGACGACGAGGGAUUUGACGACGACGGACCGGUGCCGAGGCUGGACCUGCGCGGGCUGACAAAAACGGCCGGAAGAAACGGCCGGGCGCGCGAGGACCGAAACCAAAACCAAAACGAAAACGCGGCGCGGCCGAGCCGACUGCGGCGAACGACCACGGUGCGCGCGAGGAUCGCCGCCGACUGGGACACCGACGACCUCGACGCGUGAUGACGCGCGGGACGGUACAAAGGCGGGCGUCGUCCGAACGUGUCGUCCGAUGGAGACGCCGUGUUACUUAAGUUUUGUCUCUAACUCGGUGUUACCGUCGUCAGUCGACUCG